CUCUAUGACAGAAUUAACACGCGGUCGCUCAGUCCCACGAGACCUCCGCCAUCAGAUUCGGUGGUUAGAGCCAGAGAGGUUCUGGAUGCUGUUCAAGAACACUCGCCGAUCACGGCCAAAGAGACGGAAGAACUUCGUCAGAUACUUACCAGUCCUAACUUUACUGCAUUACUGCAAACCCAUGACGUAGUGGCGCACGAGGUCUACGGGGAGGACGCCAUUCGCGUGACACCGCCUCCACUGAUGCCGUACCUGAACGGAGACACAGAUGCUGAUGUGGCGCCUCAGUUUGACGGAGAGAUGGAGAAUGUGACGAGGGUUCGUCUGGUACAGUUCCAAAAAGCUGCUGAUGAGGCUAUGGGCAUCACAUUAAAAAGAUUAGAUGAUGGCAGAUGUAUGGUGAGCCGUAUACUACAUGGUGGUAUGAUACACAGGCAAGGAACUUUGCACGUCGGAGAUGAAAUAAGAGAAAUUAAUGGGAUCAGUGUGGCCAACCAGCAAAUAGAGCACUUACAGAGACUACUGAGGAAUUUGCAUGGUGAUGUAGUAAUGACAGUAGUUGCUUCAAAUGAUCGCUGCUUUUAUGAAAGUAUAGCGGAUAAUUCGCCACUCAUUGCAGAGAUUUACGUCCGGUGCCUUUUUGAUUACAACCCAGUAGAUGAUGAACUCAUCCCCUGCCAGCAAGCUGGCAUAUCCUUUGGACGAGGCGACAUCUUACAAGUGAUCAGCAAAGACGACCACAACUGGUGGCAGGCACGCAAAUGGAACGCAGCACCCAGUGACCCUGCCGGGCUGAUCCCGUCGCCAGAGUUGCAGGAAUGGAGGACGGCAUGCCUGGCCAUUGAAAAGGCAAAACAGGAACAAGCCAACUGCUCGUGGUUUAGCCGUAAGAAGAAGCAUUACAAAGACAAAUACCUGGCCAAACACAAUGCAAUCUUUGACCAACUGGACCUGGUCACUUACGAGGAGGUGGUCAGGCUCCCGGCCUUUAUGAGGAAAACUCUGGUUUUAUUAGGUGCUCAUGGCGUUGGUAGGAGGCAUAUCAAGAAUACACUUAUAACCAGCCACCCAGACAGAUUUGCCUACCCCAUCCCACACACUACUAAGGCAUGCAAGAGAAGUGAAGAAAAUGAUACGACCAGAUCCUCCAAAAAAGAUGAAGAAAAUGGCAAAAACUAUUUCUUUGUGACACACGAGCAGAUGAUGCGGGACAUUGCCAACAAUGAGUACUUGGAAUACGGGACCCACGAAGAUGCCAUGUAUGGGACGAAACUGGAAACAAUUCGUCAGAUACAUGACCAGGGACUUAUGGCGAUAUUAGACGUCGAACCUCAGGCACUUAAGGUUCUUCGGUCCUCCGAGUUUUCCCCUUUUGUAGUAUUCAUAGCGGCACCAAGCAUGGCAAAUCUGGCAGACCCCAAGUUUAGCCAGAUUAAUGAUGGAAGUCUAGAGCGUCUUGCAAAAGAGAGUGAUCUCUUGGAGAAAGCUUAUGGACAUUACUUUGACUUGAAAAUUGCCAAUAAUGACAUUGAGGAGACCAUACGUACAUUAGAACAGGCCAUCGACGAAGUAUGCACCACUCCACAGUGGGUGCCUGUCAGCUGGGUGUAUUGAAAACAAGGAACGUGAUCAGUUUGAUGGAGUGGAUGCUGAGGUUGAUAGGAAAAAAAGGCUUGGGCUUUCAAAAGAAAAUACAUUUUGAUGUAAAACUUUGAAUUGGGAUGGAAUUUGGAGAAACGUUGAGUGGCGGUACUGGAAUAAAAACAAGGCUGCUGCGGGGGUAUUUGUUGGCUGCGAGUA